CCUCCUGGGUGGGUGCCCGCUAAGUGGAUUGUGCGAGAGCGCUGACUCAGCCUCCACGCUCGAAGUGCACUCAGCGAAAUUUGGGAUUAGCGUUCCAGUCGAGACGCAUGAAAGUUUCACUACGUUUGUCCUUCCAGAGAAACGUUUGAGUGAAGCAUUGUUUUUGUCUGUGUUAAGGUAUCUCACAAUGUUCGCCAAAUUAAUCGAGCGAGCUGAGAAGUUUCUCAACGAGAACAACUUUGUAACUAACGUGCUGGGAAAAAUCGAAGAGAAAACCGGCAUCCAGAAGCGGUACCUGGCUUUAGGCUCCGUUUCCUUCAUUGGCAUCUAUCUGGUCUUUGGCUAUGGAGCGUCUCUACUUUGUAACCUGAUUGGAUUUGUCUACCCAGCUUAUACCUCGAUCAAGGCCAUUGAAAGCGUUAAUAAGGAUGACGACACCCAGUGGCUGACCUAUUGGGUUGUUUAUGGAAUCUUCAACAUUGCAGAGUUCUUCUCAGACAUCUUCCUUUUUUGGUUUCCAUUUUAUUACGCUGGAAAGUGCAUCUUUCUGCUGUGGUGCAUGGCUCCUAUCUCCUGGAACGGCUCACAACUGAUCUACACGCGGCUUGUGCGGCCCUUCUUCCUCAAGCACCAGUCCACUGUGGACAGCGUGAUCAAUGACCUGAGCGGGAGAGCAGUCAGCGCAGCGGAGAAUGUCACAAGAGAAGUGCUGCAUACACUUGCUCAUACCAAAAGCUGCCUGCCCUCGGAGGCACCUGCCAGACCAGUGCCCAGUGCUUCACCUGCCCUGUCACUAGAUUGAGCCUCCAGAGCCGCGGUAGACUCUCUUGUCCACAAGACCCAGUGAUCGACGGCCAUCAGCCUCCCUCCACCUCACGGUUCUGAUCUCCUCACCUGCCAGCUGAGCCCAGCGACUGCUUUUCAAAGGCACUAUACAACCUAGAGAAUGAACAGAUGAUGCGUUGUCCUCUCUGGACCCAACAUUUGUAUUUAUUGCCAGACAAUAGGGUACACUGAGCCAUACCUGACUAAAGGACAUUUUUAAGAAUACGUAACAAAGAUAAGUAACGCUAAUUUAAAGCUGCCAGCAACAUGUUCAGGCGUUUGCGUUCAAAGACUUCUCCCUACUUAAUUUAUUGUGCUCAUUUUGUGUGUGUGUUUGUGGCACUUUUAUAUAUAUAUAUAUAUAUAUAUUUGCUCUUAUUUUAAUGUAGACUUCAGGGAAGUCUCCCAUCUGCCGUGUGUAUGGAUGAGAGUCCCUCCUAUUUUGGUUUAUUCCAGGUGUAGCUGACACAAAUAAACGAUGGACACCCUCGA